AUGGAACAAGAAACUCGAAGCGAGUCACCAACGGACACUAAUCGUCAAGAGCCAACGUCAAAGACAUCUUUUUUAAUCGAAGACAUUUUGUAUAGAGGGCAACAGAAUAAAAAUUAUAGAGGCCCAAAUGUUGAUCCUAGGACGCAUUAUGAUUACGAUAGAACGGAACCUAAAGGUCUAGAAAAGAGGUUUGAAUCCCAACGGUAUCUCUCUACACCCGAGAGGGUAGAAUUGGCAGGGGCACUCAAUUUGUCUGAGACUCAAGUCAAGACCUGGUUUCAGAACCGAAGGAUGAAGCACAAGAAGCAAAUGAGGAAGCAACAACAGCAAAGAGGUUCUCUCAUCGCUGAACGUUGGGUACUAACUGCAUUUCAUUGCUUAGAAAACGUGUAUAUGAUUAGAUUUGGAAACAUUAGUGUGCCUAAUGAAAAAGCAACGUAUCGGAAAAUACUUAAAACUUUCCCUCAUCCAAAUAGCCGUGAAGCAGAUUUAAGCUAUGGCUUUGUUAUAAUAAAUGAUAUUGGAUUAGUGUUGAUAGAGCCAUUGAAGGGAAUAAAGACGCCGAAACUAUUGGCUGUCGACUACAUGGCACUAAUUGGAUUACCAGUCAAGUAUGCAGGUUUUGGAUCGACUUAUAACUCUUCUAUGGAAGACGCAAGUGAGGCUGAAAGGCUCGAUGAACUAAAACCGUUACAAAUUGGAGAGGGCGUGGUAGUGCGCUGCGAAAAAGAUAAAGAUUGGAUCCCUUCUAUAUGCGUGGUUCCAAAAUGUUCAAAUAAACAUGCUGAUGUGCGAGGUGGUGAUUCAGGAGGACCCAUCUUCUUUAAAGAUAAAAUAGUGGCUGUGGUAAGCGGUAGAUCAUCUACUCCUUCAGACUCAAGAUAUACACCUGUCAGUCAGUCUCUCGAUUGGAUAAAUACAGUUAUUGGACAAAAUUAA